CGCAUAACGACAUCCCACCCACCAGCCGUGAUGGCGGCAGUGUGGAACCGGAGCGGUCGGGCGGCUUUGGCAGCGCGGUGCAGGGGCGGGGUGUGGUUGGGCUUGAGCGCGGUGUGCGCUGGACUGGCGCGGAGGGAAAUGCGAACGAGCGAGGUGCUGCGGCGUGGGGGUAUCUCAACUUUGUUUCAGCGGCGACGCCAAACGCCUCACAACCUGCCUUAUCAGCUGGUUACCAAGGCGCACGCACCGGGGGACGGCGAUAUCUUGGCAGUGCCGGAGCACAUAGCUCGUCCGCCCUACAUUGUCGACCCAAACGUGGCCCUACCGGACGUGUUUCACGAUGACGUGCCCAUCUUACCAGCGGCGGAUCGCCCGGCACUGCGGGCCGCGGGGCGCCUCGCAGGCCAGACGAUGGCGCAUGCGUGUGCCUUGGCCGUGCCGGGCUGUAGCACGGCUGAGCUCAAUGCGCAGGUGCACGCCUUCAUCGUGGGACACGAUGCCUAUCCAUCCACCGUCAACUACAUGGCCUUCCCAGCGGCCACUUGCACAAGCGUUAACAACUGCAUCGUGCACGGCAUUCCUGCACACAACGUCGUCCUACAGGAGGGCGACCUUAUCAGCAUUGACAUUACCGUCUACUUUCAGGGCCACCAUGGCGAUCUGUGUCGAACGGUCCUCGUGGGGGCUGCGCAGGAUGAUGUGGCUCCUCGCUUAGUACAAACGGCCCGAGAAGCCUGCGAAGCUGGCAUCGCUGCUUGUGGUCCAGGUCAAGAGUAUUCGGACAUUGCGCGUGCCAUUGAGACCCAUGUCGAGAAACAAGGCUUCUUUGUAAGCCCGUACUUUACAGGCCACGGUAUCGGCAAGCACUUUCAUCAAGCCCCUGGUAUCCACCAUGAGACACAAGUUGACUCGGCUAGCGACCUCCGCAUGCUGCCCGGCCACGUUUUCACGAUUGAGCCCAUCAUUCACGAGACGUCAAACGUUGAGUUUGAGAUUCUUUCGGAUAAUUGGACUGCCCUUACGAUGGACGGCAGUCGCACGUCCCAAUUCGAGCAAACCAUCAUGAUAACCGAAACGGUAGGCAAGGGUCCUAUCGCGAUGGCGAUGGCAGCAACGCAAGCGCUGGUUGAUGUAGCACGCUUGAAUCUCAUGUCGCGCCCUGCGUCCAUCGGCAUGUCUUAG